GUGUAGUCAACAUAUAAGGAAGCAGACUCUUGUUAUGAAAACCAGUAAAGUAUUUGAGACUCUUGAAUCAUGAUCAUCAUUAAUCUACUUCCAUUUUUACUCGCGGCCAGAUUAGAGUCUGGCCAAGACCCAACAGCCUGGAAAUACGGCGCAAAAGUGACAUAUCUCAUUCAAAACCAUGCAUCCAAAACAUACAUGAUGGACCAGAGUGAGUCCAAACACUCUGACAUGACUUUUGAUUUAAAAACAAUGCUGACAUGUCAAUCACUGGAAACAACUGCUCAUUGUUUUUUCCAUGACACUGAAAGUAGAUCGGUGGUUGCUGGCAACAACAAACAUGCAAGGCCUGACGUUCAGUACACUGAGCGAGACAUCUGGACAAAGAAAGUCCUCCAGCAAAGUAUGAUGACGAUUGAUUUCAACAAAAACGGAAUCACUACUGUCUGGGUUCCCGUAGACGUGGAAGUAGCAGGCCGCAAUAUGAUGGGAGCUCUUGCAAUGCCAUUGGACAUCGGCCUAGAUUUUUCUUCCGAAAUAUCUGGAAACUAUGAAACAAAAUCAAACACCACCAAAGGAAAUUGUCUGACUAGAUUUCUGGUAACACGAUCAUCUGCCGUAAGUCAUCAGAAAAAAUUGCCCAUGGAUUUGUUUUUGGUUGCCCAAGCCAAUGAAUCUAUCAAUCGACCGAUCGAGAUCACUCGUACGAUGGAAGCUGGUGACAAGUGUCACGAUAAAUCUUUCGUUCAUUCGUUUUACAUGAACAGAGAAUGUCGUACAGCCAACCAAACUGAUAUAGACUACAAACUUAAUUCCUUUGAAAAUUUCAUGGUCAUUAGCAGUGCCAACUUUACUUCAUUUUCAAAAGUCAAAGUAUCGAUAACUGAUCAUCGAGAUAAGUCUAAAUAUACUCUUGAUGAAUCUAUAAGUUUGACUCUGCAGAAAAUUGAACCCAUCCAUUGCGAAAAAGACAAAAACAAUGAGUUACAAUGUACCAUUAAAGAAAUUAACAAUCUAGCUGAAUAAAUUUACAUGAAGCUAGAAAUUAAUUACAAUUUUUAAGCUAUAGUUAUAAGUUUUAAUUAAGAAAGCUUGUAAAUGUAAAAGUAAACAAUAGAAUAUGCAAUAAAGAGUAGCUUA